AUGGCAUUGGUCACCACCUUGGUCACCACAUUGGUCACCACAUUGGUCACCACGUUGAUACCGCACCCUGUGGAACGGCCGAAUGCGGAAGUAGAUCAUGACGCAGAUGACGACGAUGAUGAAAGCGACGGCGGCGAUGAUGUAAAAGGGUAUCUUGCGGACGAGGAAAUCGCGGAUGUUGCGGCCCACCGGAAAGCGGAAGAUGCACAGGUCGAGCAGGAUGAUGGCGACGAUGAUGGCAACGAUGACGGCGGCGAUGGCAUGGGGGUCAGGGCGGAAAGGUGUGAAGACUUGUUCAUGAAGGUCGUCGGUGGAAUCUUCUCGACUGGUGGUACCACGUAG